UCCUCCCCUAGCCGCAAAACAUGGCUCACCCCAAAGACCCUGUUGGCCACUGGAAGGACCUGGAAACAUGGCUGAGCAUUGUAACAGGCAGUCUCCUCCCUAAAGCUGCCGAAACACUGCAGCCCCUGACGCAAAACCAAUUGGAUGAGAACAUAGACAGCAUCAUGAAGCAAGACCCAAGUCAAAGCUUCAACCACAAGGAGCUAGCCAAAAUCACUGGUACUUUGAGUCACACACUCAUAGCCACCCUCAAAUUGAGUGACAGACACGCCUCCCAACUCCAACACAAGCUGACACACCUGCAAGCCCGCAUCGAGAAGCUAGAGCUAGAGGCUCAGGAACGUCUGGAACAACCAACUGAGGUGGAUGAAGGUACCAAAGAGGAGAUCGACAAACUACAAGAAGCUUUAACAGUCGUCACAGAAGAAAGAGAACAAGCCAGAGCAGAACACGCUGACGUCGCUAACAAGCUAGAUUACGCUGAACAGCUACUGAAGGAAGCGAAGGUGGACUUAAGAGACAAGAAGGCCAGAAUCAAAGCCCUUGAAACUCACCUGAGCGAAGCAAGACAUGAGAUCGACAGACUAAUGCAGGAAGUGGAUGACAUCAAAGAGGAGUCCGCCAGUGAACUCAGGCAUGCCUAUGCACUGCGCUAUGAACCUCCAAAGACAAGAUGUGCACCAGCCUCGCCCCUGCCAAGCAGGACAGGAUCCCCUGUCCCUGAGCUCUCACCUAUUGAAAGAGGUGAGAAACCAUGCCGAAGAUCUUCGCCAACACCUUCUGAAGAGCCUUACCUUACCCCACAGCGACGAGAGCCUGUGAUAGCCAGUCACAGAUCGUCAUACAGUCUGGACCUUAAAGACCUUGACAAGCUGGCCAGAAACACUGGCAAGUUUACUCCAAGUGUGUCAGGUGGUUUGGAGGUCCACGCUUAUUUGCAAGACAUUGAUUUCCACCUGGAAAUGAGACCCAACGUCUCUGAUAAAGAAAGACUGUAUUUGCUUCGAGCCACAUCCAGCACUGAGGUGCGCAGCUUCCUGGACCGACAACCGGCUCGGGUAAAGAACGAUUACCGCUUGCUCCAAGAAGCCCUCAUCAGAGAGUUUGCAAACCCUGAAUCAGAUCAAGGACUUUUAGGUGCUCUGGAGACAAAACAAGCUCGCAAUGAGUCCCCACAUGCUUACUACAACCGACUCAGGCAAGCCUUUUUCGGAACUCGCAACGAACCGAAUAUGGAAGAAGACCUGAACUUUAAGAUUCUCUUCCUGAGAAACCUCCAUCCUACAGUAAGCCAACAUCUCGGAGUACUCGCAUGCCCACGAACAAUGAGCAUCCAGCAAUUGCGAGAUUUGACACAGAAAGCCCGCGACAAACAAAAGAUGGUGUUAGAGAAAAACACUAAAAGUGCCACAGUUUUUGACUUUAACACCCAUCCAGAACUGGCACUAGAGGGUGCCCAACGCUCAAAUAGCGUGAGACCACCAUCCCCAGAGUGGAAUGCAUCUUUGUCCAAUAGACAACGGAACUCCUACGCUGACACGAGAUUCAAACAGAGGAACAGUCACUGGGAUGGACCGCGUGGACAACGACGCUCACCUGAACACCACCGGGAAAGAAACCAAUGGGGGUCGAACAAAAACUGGUCACCAUCCAAGGGAAGACAUCAAAACCCUGUAUCAUCAAGUCCAAGGAGUCAACGAAGGUACUCCAAACAUUUCCACCCUGACAACGCUCAGACUCAAUCCCAGCAAGAGAAAAAUACCCCACCGGGAUUUGACCCUCAAGAACUGGUGAAAUUGAUGAUGAAAGAGUUUCUCAAAUGCAUAGAGGAGGACAGGAAACGGAAAAGGAAAAAGCAGAUUCAGCCUGACUAG